GCACAAACUACACCUCACGUGUGCAUCGUAUACGGUUCUGUUUGUUUGAUGAAUAUCUGCACGUCCCAAUGACAUCACUUGGUGACAUGCAACCAGGCUAUAUAUUUGAGAGCAAGAACACACAGUACACAAUGAGACAAGAAGUGGAGAAGAAGAAUCAUCCAGUUUCAGCAUGAAGACUUCUGAAGCUCUACUGGUGCUGCUGUGCUGCUGUUUGGCUGAGACGCAGCUCAGAGGAGAGACCAUCAGUGAAAAUGACAUCACUCACCAGGGCCACUCUGGUGAAGCAGAGAACAGAGAGAAUGAGGUUAUGGCUGCAGCACAGAGAACUGAAGCUGCUGCCACAGCCUCCACCCAACAAACCUGCCAGCCUGACAUCCACACUGUGCUGAGAGAGAUGAGCGCACUGAUGGCGGAGCAGAGAGUGGAGCUCAGAUACACUAAGGCACAAAUGGAGGCCAUAGAGACCAGACUGAGAGCCAGUGAGAAUAAAGCAGAGGCCAUGGAGAACAGACUGAGAGCCAGUGAGAAUAAUGCAGAGGCCAUGGAGACCAGACUGACGGAGAGGCUGGCUGCAAGUGAGAAGAAAACAGAGGGCAUGGAGACCAGACUGAUAGCCAGUGAGAAGACAGUGGAGGAGCAGAGAGCUGUUAUAAAGGAGCUGAAGGAGGAACAGGAGGAACAAGCAGCAGCUGUGAGAGCUGUAGGAGGCAGUGUGAACCUCACAGGGAGCCAGGUGCAGGAGCUGAGAUGGGAGAUAGAGGAGAGGAAGGUGUCUUUCUCUGCCUCACUGGUAGCAUCUGGAGAUGUAACUAAAGGACCCUUUAAUGCAGCAACUCCCCUGGUCUACAAACACAUCUUCAUCAACAUUGGGAAUGCUUACAACCCAAAUACAGGGGUCUUCACAGCUCCAGUCAGAGGGGUCUACCACUUUAAUGUCUUUGUGUUUGGGAAUGGCCAUGGAUCAAGAGCUUCCGGAGUCUCUCUCCAUAAAAAUGGCGAACAUAUUGUCCUUGCUUACACUGUCCAGAACACCGCUCACAUGGCAGCCUCCAAUGGGGCUUCUCUGCUGUUGGAGGUGGGGGAUGUGGUCUACCUGAAGCUGUGGCACGGUGCCUGGGUGAGAGACACUUAUAACCACCACACCACCUUCUCUGGCCACCUGCUCUUCCCCAUGUGAGGGAAGCAGUAUACUGAUGUAGAAGUUAUGUUGGGUGUGGAGUGACGCUAGCAGUGAGAAACCCAGACAGAAUGGAACACACUCCUCUCCUUGUUU